UUCAAAAAAAUGAUUUCGCCCUUAUGGCGCCUUGUCUUCGGCUCCCUUUUUUCAUUGCUAACAAUUGUUGGCCUGUGUGGAAAUGCUUUAGUUAUUGUUGCUAUUUUGGGAGAUCGUAAAAUGCGUAGAAGUGUUAUGAAUUUGCUUUUGCUUAAUUUGGCUGUUGCCGAUGCCUUGAAUUUAGCUACAACCUCACUCGAGUGGACACCCACGAUUGCAUUAGGCUCUCCUACAUGGAUUCCGUGGUUGCCAUAUUAUUUAUGCCCUUUAGUCCGAUAUUUGGAGUGUGUCUUUUUAUUUACGUCAAUUCUUACACAAUUAAUGGUUUGCAUUGAACGUUACAUCGCUAUUGUUUUCCCCAUUCACGCCCGUCGCCUAUGCUCACGUACAAAUAUUCUCAUAGCAAUUUUUACAAUAUGGUUAACUGCCUGUUUAAUUGCUGUUCCAUAUGUAUUACAUAAUAAAAUUAGUCCAGACGGGUCAGUUUGUAUUAAUGUUCGUGCUUCCUCGGAAUUUUGGAAUAAAUGGUUUGAAUUUUUAACUCUUUAUUUGCUUCCAUGUCUGGCAUUCCUUUUUCUUUAUUCUAAAAUUUGUGCUGUUCUAUGGGCGAAGAAUAGACAACUUUAUGAAGUUCCAGAAACAAAAACAUCACUCUCAGCAAGAGAUGAGCCUCGGUUGUCAGAUCCCGGCUCAGCUGCUAGUCGAACAAGCAGCACAUCAGCAGCUUUGCUGGGAGCCAGAGAAGAAGCUUUAAGGACUAGAAGAAAUGUAGUUAAAAUGUUGGUGGCUUGUGUUUCUGUUUAUUUUGUUUGUUAUUCACCUAUACAAGCUAUUUUCUUAUCAAGGCAUGAAUUUUAA